AUGAAGGACCAACCCGAGGAGCGGCGUCUACUCGACGAAGUAGACGGCCGUGACAGCGAUGACGUUGCCACGCAGCUCAGCGUCGACGACGAGGUACUCGACGAGGAACAAGACGACGUGAUAGAGCCCGUCGUCGUCCGCCCGCGUCGAAAGCCCAGCUUCACGCUGCUCCGGAUCGCGGGCCUCGUCGUUGCGCUGUGCCUGGGCACGCUGGCCGUGCUGCUCUUCGCCAUGAACCGGCACGUCGCCCCGUUGGACGACCAGCUUGCUAUUCCUCUUCACCCGACCGAGCACUCCACACGAGAUCCUACCACGCUGACCUUUGACUGGCACGUCACACUGGGUGUCCGAGCCCCGGACGGGGUGGAGAAGCAGGUCUAUCUGAUCAACGGACAGUUCCCGGGCCCGACUAUCGAGGGCCGAUCUGGGGACCGUAUCAUCGUCCGUGUCCACAAUGAACUCAAGGACGACGAAGGUGUCUCGCUGCACUGGCAUGGCCUGCGUAUGCAGGGCUUCAACAACAUGGAUGGCGCUGUGGGAUUCACUCAGUGUCCCAUCCCCGCCGGCGGUUCAUUCGUCUAUGAUUUCCGUAUCCGCGACGACGAGUACGGAACCUUCUGGUGGCAUAGUCACUCCCAGCUGCAGAGAGCAGACGGCCUCUUUGGCGGCUUAGUGAUCCACGAGCCACGCCGUCACAACUCUGACGCACCCGUGCAAGAUGAGGCUCUACUGCUCAUCGGCGACUGGUUCCAUCGCAAGCACGACGACGUCCUCGCUUGGUACAGCAGCCCGGCGAGUGCAGGCAACGAGCCUGUCCCAGACUCCAUGGUCAUCAACGGCCGCGGCCGAUACGACUGCUCCAUGGCUGUGCCGGCGAGACCCGUCCAGUGCAAGACGACAUCCUUGAGUAACUUCCCGCCGAUGAUUAGGAGGUCUACGGGAGAGACGCUGCUCAGAGUGGUGAAUACGGGCACAAUCACCGGCUUGACGCUCGGUGUUGACGGUGCUUCACUUCAGCCUACGCAAGUCGAUGGAGGCUGCAAGGUAGAUUCAAAGGCAGCUGAUUCCGUCGGGAUUCUCUAUCCCGGCGAGAGAGUUGACUUGCUACUCAAGUGGAAGAGCGACCAGGCCGCGGAGCCAUGGUUCAACGUCUACCUGGAUCAUGAGAAUCUCCGCUUCGGCAAUCCGGCCCUCAACCCAAACCAUACCUUCCCUGCUCUCCCUAAAACAGUCACAGCUCACGAUCGAGACCAUGCGUCUCUCUUGAAAUUCAGUAGCAGUCACCUUGACCUUGCCACACUUACCGCCACCCACGAACCAGCUCCUAUUGUUACGGCAGAGGAGGAACAGACGAUUCUCUUUUAUGUGUCAACUCAAAAGCUUGCGGUCCAUGGAAACAAACCUCUUGGCUUUGUAAAUCAUACCAUCUGGCAGCCUCAGGCGGUGCCACUACUGUCGCAAAACCGGUCAUCUUGGGACGAACACCAGCUCAUCCCCUUCAUCGGCAGUGGAUCAAAGCCCACCAAGGUCAAGCUCGUCAUCAACAACCUCGACGAUGGUUCUCACCCAUUCCAUCUUCACGGACAUUCAUUCCAAGUGCUGUCCUCUUUCCGGGCCGACAAGGCUAAACUGGGGACUUAUAACCCUUUCGAGACAUCAGAUGCCGACUCACCGGAUCACUGGCAGCGGGAGAAGCCACUUCGGAAAGACACAGUCAGUGUGCCGAGGAGGGGGCACGUGGUGCUCUCGUUUGUCGCUGACAAUCCUGGAAUGUGGAUGUUGCAUUGCCAUAUGUUGGUACACCUGGGAACAGGCAUGGCUACCGGCUUUCAGGUCGGAGUACCAGAGGAUGAAGAGCAUGUAUAUGGGAUGGAUGAAUCAGCAGCGAGAUUAUGCAAGGCGUCGAAAUAA